AGAAAACUCCCGUGCAAAGCCCGGUCGCCGCCGCACAGCCGGUGCGCUCCCGGAGCGGAAAGUUGCGGCACGCUCCGGCGCUCCGCUACCGCGGGGAGAAAGCUCAGGACUUACAAAACCCACCCGGAGGCGCGGGCUUAGACCUUCUGCACCGUUCUUCUCGCUUCCCGCACGGCCCCGAAGGCAGCAUCUUUGUUUUGUUUUGCUUUUGCCCUCCUGCCGCUGCUCCUUUCUCCUCUCCGUGGGCGUCUGAGUGCCCGGAGCCGCCGGCGGUGCGCUGCCAGCGCUGAUACCCAAAGCCGGGAGGCGUCGGGUGGCUCCGGGAGCCGGCUCGUCCCUGGCUUUGUCGCUGCGGUCCGAAGAAGCCCCAGAAGCCGGGAGAAGGAGGAGGCGGCGGUGGUGGAGGGGGGAGCGGAGGAAAGGAAGCGAGAGGCGAAGCGGAGGCAAAGUUUCUUUGGAAUAGGGAGCGCGGCCAGCCCUCUACCAGGCUGCGCGCUGGGGCCAGGUCUCCAGCCCCCUCCGCCCGGAGAGGAGCCCGCAAGACAGCGAUGGCCGGAGAGCUGAGCAUCGGAGCCGAGCUGCCCACCAGCCCCCUGGCCAUGGAGUACGUCAACGACUUCGACCUGAUGAAGUUCGACGUGAAGAAGGAGCCCCUGGGCAGGAACGACCGCUCGGGCAGGCACUGCACUCGCCUGCAGCCCGCCGGCUCCGUGUCCUCCACCCCCAUCAGCACCCCCUGCAGCUCCGUGCCCUCCUCGCCCAGCUUCAGCCCCACCGAACAGAAGACCCACUUGGAGGACCUGUACUGGAUGGCCAACAGCUACCAGCAGAUGAACCCCGAGGCGCUGAACCUCACCCCGGAGGAUGCGGUCGAAGCCCUCAUCGGCUCCCACCAAGUGUCCCAGCAGCUGCAAGGCUUCGAGAGCUUCCGGGCCCAUCACCACCACCAUCACCAUCACCACCAGCACCACCACCAGUACCCCGCCGUCACCCACGAAGACCUGGCGGGCAGCGGGCACCCUCACCACCACCAUCACCACCACCAUCAGGCCUCUCCCACCCCUUCCACCUCGUCCAGCUCCUCUCAGCAGCUCCAGACCUCUCACCAGCAGCAUCCCCCAUCCAGCAGCGUGGAGGACCGGUUCUCGGAUGACCAGCUGGUCUCCAUGUCCGUGAGGGAGCUCAACAGGCACCUCCGAGGCUUCACCAAAGACGAGGUGAUCCGCCUCAAGCAGAAGAGGAGGACCUUGAAGAACAGGGGCUACGCUCAGUCCUGCAGGUAUAAACGCGUCCAGCAGAAGCACCACCUGGAGAACGAAAAGACCCAACUCAUUCAGCAGGUGGAACAGCUCAAGCAAGAAGUGACCCGGCUGGCCAGAGAGCGAGACGCCUACAAGCUCAAGUGUGAGAAACUUGCCAGCAAUGGCUUCAGAGAGGCCGGCUCCACCAGUGACAACCCGUCUUCCCCCGAGUUCUUCAUGUGAGUGCUUAAUAAAGUAAUUAAAA